AAUAUUAUUAAUAUUUAAUAAUGAAAUAUAUAAAUUAUUACAUAAUAUUUUUUUUAUUUUAUAUAAAUUUAUGUAUUAUCUUUUCAUUUGCAAAUGAUGAACCUACACAAAUAUUAAAUUCAAUUCAAAACAAAACAGCAAAUGAAAUCAUAUCGUUAUUCGAAGGUAAACAUGUAGAAGACCCGUGCUCACAUGCUUUUUUUAAAUGUAGGAAUAUACAUAACAAUAAUGAUAAAGAUAAAGAUGAUGAAAAAAAUAAAAAAGAUGAAAAUGAUAAAGAUGACUCUUACUAUACAGUUUCUAGUAUAACAUUACCCGUACCAAAAUAUAACAUUGAUUUUAUAAAUAUCACAAUUGACUUAACUGUAUUUCAAGAUUUAGAAACUAUAAAAAUAAGAGGUGAUGCAAAAAUAUUACUACCCGCAAAUUUUUAUAACAAUUUAGAUAAAUUUAAAAAAAUUAGAAAAAUAGUUUCAUACUAUCAAUUUUCAUCAAUUAAAGAAUCUAUUGUUAUUCCAUCCAGCCUAUCAGUCUAUAGAGUUAAUUAUGUUGCUGCAAAAUUUAGUAAUAAUUUUUUUAGUUCUUCAAUUUCUAGAAUCGAAUUUAAUAGAUCUUUAGAUGGUUUUGAACUUCCCAAAGAGUUUACUGACAAUGAACAUUUAGAAACUAUAACUUUGCCACUAUCCUUAAUAUCCCCGGACUUACCAAAAAAUGGUAAGGGUUUACCAAAAUUAACCUCUUUAACUAUUAUGGUUGAUGUAGAGAAUAAAAAACAAGAUUUUAAUUUCCCAUCCCUUGAAGAAUUUCCAAAUCUAAUUAAACUUUCAAUUUCAUCAUCAUGGGGUAAAGAAAAAAGACUAUAUCAAUUACCAAGCUUUAAACAUAUGGAAAAUUUAAAACAACUUUAUAUAUAUGGCGAUCUCUUUUAUUCAUCAAAUAGCUCCUCUGUUUUAAACCUUUCAAAACAACACAACUUUAAAUCACUAGAAUUAUGGAAUUGUUUCUUUUUAACCAAUUGUAGUAGCUAUCCAUGUAUCAAGUUUUCAAAUGACACUGAGAAUGUGUCGGUUUCAACUACCCUCACUCAAUUUAAUAUGUCUUUAAUAAACUAUGACAUAGUUAAAACUUUAAAAGUUAGUCGUAAUAUGCUAGAGCAACCUCUUCCAGAAUUUCCACCCAAUAAACUUAUUAAUUUUCAUUUAUACAAUUCGAAAAUAUCAGACUCAAUCCCAGCCUCAUAUUGCGGAAGAUCAUUUAAUAUUUCAAAUAAUGAAAUGAUUGGAUUUGUACCAGAAUGCUUCUUGUGUGAAAAACCAAAUAAUGCUAUUUAUCAAGGAAACUACUUCAAAAACUAUGAUGAUAGCUACAAGCCUACAUGUCCAAAUUUCAAAAUUAAUGAUAUGGUAAACAUCCCAAUAAUUAAAACUGAUGGUAGCGAUGGAAUCAUAAUAUCAGGUACCGAUAUAGGUUAUGGAAUAUCAACUCAGUAUGACUAUAUUGUCUUAAUUCCAAAUAAAAAGAUUGAAAUUUUCCCUGGUAAAGGAAUUGGUUUAUCAAAAGUCAUCAAAAUUAAUUUUUUCUACAACCCAAGCUAUGAUUAUAAUUUAAAGUAUCAAUAUGAAAAUCCAAUUAUAAACUUUUACAACACUAGCACAAUAAACAAUAUUACUUUUAUUAUAUUAUCAGGUAAUGGUUUCAACUAUAUCACAGAUAAUCAAUUUUAUAUAAAUGGAAAUUGUUUUAUUAGUAGCAUUGCAAAAGAUGGUACCUCAACAAUAGUUUUUGGCAAUGAUGAUGGUCAGAGUAUCAGAGCUACAGAUAAUUCCACUAAUCCUUUCGAAUCGAUGAAAAAUGGGGAAGAUUUUGAAAUCUAUACAGUGGUAGGUGAUCAAAAAUCAAAUCCUGUUACCUUUAUUUAUUUAAAAGAAGAUCUGGAAAUAAACACCACUGUUAUUUCAGGGGAAAGAUUGAAUAUACAGGGUGGUGAAGCUACUUUCGGGGGUUCAUUCCAUACAUCAAAUCAAACUUUAGUAUCUCUUAAAAUCAAUGAUCAAUUAUGUAAAGUUAUAAAAUUAACAAAAUCAUCCAUUACAAUCAAAUAUCCAUCUGUCCCAAAGGCCGGAAACUAUUCUUUGGUUUUAAAUGUAGGAGGCAAUUUAUUAAAAACAAAUAUUCUCUUUGACAAAAGCGAUAGUUCUUCAGAAUCAACUCAUUCCGAUUCUAAUCAUAAAUCCAAAGGUAGUAGUGAACAUCGCGAUUCCAGCAAAUCAUCCGAAUCAAAUAAAAACUCUUCUUCCCAUAAUAAUAAAAAUGAUAGUGGCUCUACUAACGACUCCAAUGAUUUCUUCCCAACUAAUAAACCAACUCGUACUCCCUCAGUAACACCACAACCUUCUGAAAAUAGUAAAUCGCAUGAAAACAUAAUUACCACAACACCCUCGCCAACAUCACCAUCAGAUAAUAGUUCAAGAAAAGGUACAAUUGUUUCAGCAGUUUUUAUUAUUAUAUCAAUAUUAGCAAUAACCUCAUUUAUACUAUAUAAAAAACCAGAUUUAAGAAAUAAAAUAUUUAAAAAAUUGGGAAUUAUUGGUGGAAAUAGAUAUUCAAUGUUAUCAAGAAAUAUGAUUCCAAAUUCAUUUGAAGAUAUAGAUGACUAUGAAAAUGAAUUAGAUGAAUUUUUAUAAAAAAAAAUAAAAAAUAAAGAUACAACCAAAAAACAUUAUUUGUAUAUUU